AUGGUCAGCAACGGUCAGUGCCCCAGCCUGACGGCAUGUACGCUUGAGCUGCAACCAAUCUACUACUUCAGCCAAGUGCUUCGCCCGGCCGUCAUCACGCCUUUCGGAGAUGGAAAUGUGGUCACCAUCGACCGGGCGCCAUCUGAUGUUGAGAUCUGGUCAAGUCUGACGACACUCAUCUGCAACGCUGCCAGCGCUUCCAACACGACUACACCUUCAACGAGUGUCAGCUCGCUCACUGCAGUCGUCUCGCCUGAUGUACGGACGACCACCAUCUCGAUAACAACCAGCGGAGUAUCAGCCAGCCAUCCUCUUUCAACUACUGCACCCUACAUCCAGACAAACAGCCUCACGACAGCAACCAAUGAAAAUCCAGGGAGCAGUUAUCCUAGCGCAGAUGCUUCAUCUAGCUUCCGAACUACCACCACCACGAUAGCCACUAGCGAAUAUCCGGGGAGCAGCUAUCUCACCACCGGCACUUCCUCAGCCGGCUCAUCUGAUGUGCAGCCAUCUAUCACCGCGACGUCGUCCAGCGGUGAUGCAGGGAUUAGCUAUUUGACAUCAACAGCAACCUCUGUGGUCACUUCCUCGACCAGUGGACCUUCGGCGAGACCAUCGAAUCAUCCAGGUUGCACCGUAGGAAGGGACUCCAGGAUAUUCUAUCCAUUCCCAGGUUCGGAUCUCAACAGCAAUCAGUGUACGGGUCUCACCACCUUCUCGAGUCCUGAUUAUGCGAAUAACGCGACGAACUGUAAUCAGGUAUGCCGAUAUGAUUGCCUGGGCUGCCUCGUCUACUUCAACCAGUCCGAAUCUGAAUGCGGCUUCACCAGACCAGACUGUUAUCGGGACCGCUCAGGAGACGACCCCUCGGAAGUUUACAACCCACCAACGCCACUGGCUUCGCCUGUACCGGGGAGUCCACUAGGCUCGCAGUGCUACAGCGAUGGCGCUCCGUACACCGUGUGCCCUGAUGGUACGUAUUGCACGGCUGGCCAAUUCUGCACGCUGGACACACGCAAUUCUACGACUUAUAACAGCUUGGACGCCUGCUCCAGCAUGUGCUCUGACCCGGGUGCACAAUGUCGAUCCUUCCCGUCGAACCAGUACAACUGUCUGUUCUUUGCGGACUGCUGCAGGAGUCCUCAGAACGCGCCCAUGGAUAUCCGCGGAUGA